AUGCGCGACGCGCGAAAGACAUCUGAGACUUCCGAUAAGAUAAAUCCAUCUCGAGUCAACCAUUUCUCACGUCAUAUUUUACCCGGGCCGCAAUCUGCCAGUUGCGCUCUUUUGCGUCCCUCCAACCUCUACUGUCUUUACUGCUUCUACUACUCCAUUGAGUUUUUAUCCUCUUUCAUCAGCCUCGGGAUUGGAAAUAUCGGUAUUGGGGUUCUCUCUCAUGCUAUGUUCACGUCGCCGGAAUAA